UGCAAUAAUAUAAAAAAUGGAAGCAAAUAUUUCUGCUCAUUUGAUCGGUAUCCAUCAAAUUAAGAGAAAAACGCAAAGAGAUAAGCUUAUUACAGUUAAUCGUAUUGCAAAUGAAAUAAUUAAAACAUUAAGUGAGAAUGAAUCUGUAAAAACACUGAUGGAGAAGUCUGAAAUGCCGGAAGAUAUGAAGCCGUUCGUACGAGUGGAAAUAGCCAAACAAUUAAAAGAGUCCAAGGAAAUCAUCAAUGCUCUUAAAUCUGAUGACAUUUUGUUGACAAACCGUGCUCUUAAAGCCAAAUGGUUUUUUAAUGGGAACAAUAAUUCGAUAAAACUUUACCGUGAGCAGAUUUGGCCGUUUGUAUCUUUGAAACUUCGAAAGAAAAUAAUUAGGUGUCUAGCUAAUAAUAUAACAAAGGCCAUUUUUGCUGAAGAAUUUUACAAGGAAGUGGCUUCCUUGUAUGGAGAAGACCAAGCUCAGCCUCUUCUCAUUGUCUGCAGCCAAGAUUUUAUUGAACGCUGUUUUGAUGAUAAUAAUUUUCAACUGGAUGGCAAAAGAAAUAUGAGAUUUUUAUUCUACAAAAAUCCAAAGAUCAUUAUAAAUUAUCUCAAACGUCGUAGCAAUGAUCAGAUUAACAAAUCAAUUGUUUACAAGUCUUUAGAUUUGUUCAACUUCCUUCCAAGAUUAAUUAAGAAGUAUGAUCAGGAUUUUGUUGAAAUAAUGGAAUUAUACGAUCAUUAUACGUGUUGUGCUAAACUUAGCAAAAGGCGUACAAAAAUAUUUUUGAAUAAGUGCAAAGACGCUUUGAUAAAAAAUGGUGAAUUAUUUCUACCUAUUUUGGAUUUGAAGAGCGUUUCGAAAUUACUGACCAAAGAGCAGUUUUCAACCAUGCUAGAAACACUGUACCCAGACGAUAUUGAAAGAUUUCAGCCCUACGAUAGUAUAAAAUAUCUCGAAUUUUUUGAAAAAGAAGAUAAAUUUCGUAUCCUGUUAACUUCAUUUGAAAAAUUCUAUGAAGUAAAUAUUCUUAACUGCUCUGAAUUAAUAAACAAUUAUGCAUUCAUAGAAAUACUUCCUCCUGAAGAUCGCUUUAAAUUAGCAAGAAUUCAAUGUGAAAAAAUAACGAAAGAUGAUGUCUCCAAAGAGUCCUAUUGGAUUUCUCUUUUACCACUUGAAGAAUCGAUUCCACACCUCAAAGCACGAAUCAACAGUUCGACUUCUUCUAGCGAUCGAUGUAUUUAUUUGGCGGUAUUAAUUGACACCUGUUUUUUCAAUUAUGAUAAGGAUGCAUUACUUGAAGUACUUGAAUAUAUUUGGGAAAGGCACAAAGAUGAAUCGCCUGAAGACUUAGUGAAUAUUUUCUUUACCGAGAGAAUUGAUUUGAAAUUGAAUGAACCUCGAAUCAAUCUACUGGAAACGCUCAGUCAAAAUCACUUCGACAUAAUUUAUAAAUUAAUUAAGAUGUUGCAUGCCAAAGGAUUAGUGGAUGCUGCAGACAGAAUAUUUAAAUUGAUGAAAUGGGUAUAUCGGUUUGAUAUCAUGAAUAAUAUAGGAAAUGAUAAAAUGAACUUCAUUGUUGAUCUAUUUGAAAAUGAGUACUAUUGUUACUAUCUGAUUUAUAGUGAUAUUGAGUUCGAAAUUCGAUUUUUAAAAGAACUGAUUAAAGUUUUACAGUCCAAGAAUGAAAACAAUGAAACUUAUCCAACUUUUAAUUGGAUAAUAUACAUUACUUGCGCAGUCUAUGGCUUGAAUAAGCAUUUAGCAGUUGCUAAAAAGAUGUCUCUCAAGGACUUUCCAUGGAUCUUGAAUGGAGCGAAGAAAGUACUGAGCAUCAAUGAUGAUAGUUAUGACGAGAGAUGCUUGAGGGGCAUAUUGAGAAAAAAAGAUAAAGGUCUGUAUGAUGAAUUAAUUCUUGAAAUGCAAGCAUCCUUAUAAAGCUGUUCUUCAAUGCUCAUGAUAUGCUGGAUCGAUCGUAAAUUAAAUUUUAUUCGUGCACUAAAUAUCAAUAAUAAUAAUAUUUGACGUAACGUUACUCAAGGAAUGUAAGUGAUAUAUAAGAAAUAUAAUAUACGUCCGAAAAAAUUUGGAGUAUUCAAUGACGCACACCAAACUAUGUUUUUGACAAAUUUAUUAUGCUUGUCAUGAGCUAAAGAGACUUGUAACGCCGACCAAGAUCGUACUCUCGAAAAGGCAACGUAAAGUUAUCCAUGAUUAAAAACAUCUUUAAUAAGAUCAACUCCAAUUUUCUCAAAAGUUUGACCCUGGGCUUUGUUAAUAGUCAUGCAAAAUACUACUUUGAUGGGAAAUUGUCGUCUUUUAAAAGUAAAAGGAUAUGUAUUUUCGCAGUACAAUGUUAUCCUAUUUAUAAAAACAAUCUCUCCAACUUUGAUCAGUAUAUUAAAGAUACGGUAAAAUGAUCUGAAUACUUUUUUGUAGAGAAUAAUUUUUCCUUUACUUCCCAACCAUUAACUAGCUGGGAGUGAAAAAAUUGUGGAAUAUGAGAAAUGGAAACUUGAUUUUUGGACAAGAUUCCAAUUUAUAACCGAGACACAGCUCCAACUUUUUUUCGGCUGAAAAUACGGUAAAAUGGUUUGGGUACUUUUUUGUAGAGAAUGCUUUAUCUUAUAAUUCCCAACCAUUCACUCGCUGAAAGUAAAAAACUUGUGGAAUAUCAGAAGUGGAAACUUGAUUUUUGAACUGGAUUGCAUUUUUCAACCGAGACACAGCUUCAACUUAUUGGCGGCUGAAGAUAUGGUUAAAUGAUGUGAGUACUUUUUUGUAGAGAAUAUUUAUUUUAUGAUUCCCAAGCAUUCACUAGCUGAAAAUGAAUGACUUAUGGAAUAUCAGAAAUGGAAACUUGAUUUUUUAACAAAAUUGCAAUUUUGAACCGAGACACAGCUAGAACUUUUUUUCGGCUGAAAAUACAGUAAAAUGAUCUGAAUACUUUUUUGUAGGGAAUAAUUUUUCCAAUAAUUCUCAACCAUUCACUAGUUGAAAGUGAAAAACUUGUGGAAUAUCGAAAAUGGAAACUUGAUUUUUGAUCUAAAUUGCAUUUUUCAACCGAGACACAGCUCCAAAUUUUUUCAGGGUUAAACAUACAGUAAAAUGAUCUGAAUACUUUUUUGUAGAGAAUAAUUUUUCCUAUACUUCCCAACCAUUCACUAGCUGAAAAUGAAAAAAUUGUGGAAUAUCGAAAAUGGAAACUUGAUUUUUGAACAAGGUUGCAGUUGCAGCGGCAGUUUCUUGUUAGUCACAUCUUCAAAGUCUAUACUACUCAAAAGUAUUCCGCCAGACGUAUUGCUCAAUUUAGAAUUACAGUCAUCAGUAAUCGAUUCUUCAACGUCUUUUAAAGAAUCGCUGCUAUCAUUUUGAGAAAGUCCAUAGCUAUUUUUUAAAUCAUUAGAAUCAUUUUUUAGAUGUUCACUAUUAUCUACAUAAUAAUCUAUAUGUUCAUUUAAAUCGAUGUCAACACUUUUUUCAGGUGUAGAAGUAGAUGGAAUGUUUUCUUCGGAGUCAUUGAUAGUAAUACUGUCAUUAUUAACUAAUUUUCUUUUAUUAAGCAUUUGAUCAAUAUUACUUUGUAUGGAAUUAUCAGUGGAAUCAUCAUUUUUCUUCUGCUUACUAUUAUCUAAAAUUUUAUUCAGUUCAUUUUCAUCUUGUUUUCUUUUACUAUUCAAAUCCUCGCGUUCAUUUUCGGUAAUCAAAUUCGAUUGUAAUUCAGCAGAACUUCCAGUAUAUUCUUCAAACUCAUAUUUUAAGAAAACAUCUGCACGCACUAAACUGUUCCAUUUCGUUAAGCUUCUUUCUUUUUUAUCUCCGAAAAAUUGCUCAACGUAGCCAGUUGUUGCAUGUUCAACGUCGUCAGGAAAACAUGAAGACGUCCACAAUGGAAAUUCAUAAGCUCUCGCCAAAAAUUCUUGAAUAAAAUCUUCAGCAUAAUAUGCAUUAGCGGCUUUUCCCAAUAUUUUGAUAUCUUUUGCUGAGUUAAAGAUAUUGUUGAUGAAUGUUUUGACAGGACUAGGUUCGCUUGUGUUAUCGGUCUAUUCUUGAUCUUCUUCUUUAUCUGAGUCAUUAUUUAUUUUAGUUUCAUCAAUUUCUUUGCGAUAAAUGUUUUCAGCUGAUGUCGGGCUUAGGCCACUGUUUGUCCAGUUAUUUUAAUAAUUGAAUCGUCACGUUCAUUCAAGGUAACAAUACAGAUUAGUCUAAAUAUCUUCUCAAAUUCUUUAACAGUCUGACAAUCUAUCAUAAGAGCUAUACCGUAUAGAUAAAAAUUUUUGACCAGAGAAUUUUUUUGAUUUUUUCAACACUUCCAUUCACUUAUCAUGUGUACAAAAUGGGCAACAUCAAGACGAAUAAAAGUAGAAAUUGGUGGUCUAGAAACGUGAGAAGUGUCACCGAUAGUUCGUAGAUACAUAGUAUCAAUAUACGUUUUUAUUGAUUGAUCAUUGAAUGCGAAUGAGAGCGCGUUAAUCAAUGCUCUAGAGCUAUCACAGCUGGCUUCUGUUGGCUUAUGUGCUCCGAUAUAAAGCCAAGAUUUCAGCCACCAGACUAAUGUUUGUGUACUUUGACAUUCUGUUAAUAAUUGAUGAACAGAGUGACUUUUUUUCUUUUAAAUUAAUAACAAUGGCGUAUAAAAAUAUGUGACCAAAUUUUUCUCCAUUAAGGUGAGUUAUUGGUUGUAUGAUACUACCAGUACCAUCAAUAGCCUUUUCAAGGUGAUUGGGUGCAAGUUGUUUGAAGUUUUCUGAGUAGAAAUUCUGUCACUAGUAAUGUUCUACAUAAGUUACUUGUUGAGUGUAUCAUACUGUUAGAAAAUGCUGGAUUUUAUGUGGAUGUUGUAACUUCGGAUGGUGCGCAAUGGAAUCGAGGAGCGUGGACACUGUUUGGCAUUAAGGAUGGCCAAUCUAGCUGUGAACAUCCAUUUGACUCCGACCGAAGACUUUGGUUUAUGUCUGACUUUCCACAUUUAAUCAAAUGUUUUAGAAAAAAGAUUAUGGAAAAGUUGUUUUUCUGGGUACGUCAUAUUUUGAAAUAAAUCCUAAAAAACAUGGUUAGAUAUAACUAUGCCAUGAUGUCAGGUAUAAUCAUGCCUGCUCAUGUGUGAUUGUCAUUUUUUGCCGCGUGAUUCAUUUUUAAUAAAUAAAUAUUUAUGAGCAUAAUGAUUGUAGUUCUUGGAGCUUUACGAGAUAGUUUUUUCUUUGCAGACACCUGAUGGAUUUGUAAGAAAAAUUCAUUGGGAAAUUUUAUUACAAUAUGAAACGUAUUUAAAAGCAAAUCUAAAGAUAGCCUAUAAACUGACUCCACAGCAUUUAAAUCCAGAAGGAUACCAAAAAAUGAAUGUUUCUUUGGCUUACCAGUUAUUUUCGAAAAAUAUUCAAGUUGCUAUGAAAAUGUAUAAAAACGAAACUGCUGAGCUCAGAGAUUGUGAUUCAACAAUUGCUUUCAUCGAACGAGUAGAUAAUUUGAUCCAAGCGAUGAGUUCACAUACCCCUCAAGAUGAUUUGCGUUUGAAUCAGGAGUAUCCUCAAAAAAGGGCAAUUAUUGAGUUUUUGAAUUAUCUAAAAAUUUGGGAAGCUAAAGCAAAUGAUGAGAAGCAACUCAAUAAAAAAAAAAAAGAAGAAAAAA